AACAUGCCGUCACAAGCGGCACGUGACGUGACCUAGCUGCCUUAAAAACUCAUGUUAUUGGCUAACAGCGAGUUGUUAUCGUUCAGGCUCGACUCAUCCCGCGGUGGACCUGCUUGUGACAGCACACCGACGAUACAUCGAGUAGUGAACACCUUCAUGUCCGAGUCGUGAGGCUGGUUGUCGGUAGAAGAGGAGAACUGUGUGCUCUUUUUCUCCGUAGCUCUACUUGCUAGCAGUCGCGACGUUUUGUUGGUAAAUGGGAGACCCGUUCCUCUUUGUGUGUACUAAAAGAAGCGGUUCUGCUGUCUGUCGGGGGCUGCUGACCUGCUGAGACUUCCCCUAACACAUAGCUAUGGAGUCGCUCGGAGCUACGGGGUAUGUGAACAUCGGCAGCCUGACCAGCACCCUGCCCGUGAUCCCCUACCAGAAGCUGACCGACCUGUACUACCUGAGCCGGGGAGGCUUUGGCACCGUCUUCAAGGCGCAGCACUCCGACUGGAGGACAACAGUAGCCAUCAAAUGCCUGAAGCUCGACUCUGUGGGAGAAAGAGAGAGGAACUGCCUGCUGAAGGAAGCCGAGGUGCUUCACAAAGCCAGGUUCAACCACAUCAUCCAGAUCUUUGGGAUCUGCAACGAGCCAGAGUUUUUCUGUAUAGUCACAGAGUUCAUGAGCAACGGCUCCCUGGACCUGCUUCUCCAUGAGAAGGACAUGUAUCCUGUCCUCGGCUGGCCUUUACGUCUGAAGAUUCUGUAUGAGAUCGCCCUGGGAGUGAACUUCCUUCACAACAUGACCCCGCCCCUCUUACAUCACGACCUGAAGACACAGAACAUCCUGUUGGACGGGGAGUUUCAUGUCAAGAUUGCAGAUUUUGGUCUCUCCAAGUGGCGGCAGCUGUCGGUCAGUAAAGGUUCUGGGUCCAAGCCCACUGAGAUGGAGGGCACGGUGAUCUACAUUCCCCCUGAGGAGUACGAACCCUCCAAGAACCGCCGGGCCGACGUUAAACACGAUAUGUACAGCUAUGCCAUCAUCAUGUGGGAAGUUCUGUCCAGGCAGAUCCCUUUUGAAGAGGUGACCAAUCCCAUGCAGAUUAUGUUCAGCGUGCUGCGUGGAAAGCGUCCCGACACCAGCCUGGACAGCUUGUCUGCUGACAUCCCGAGCAGAGACACGCUGAUCAGCCUGAUGACCUGCGGUUGGACAGCCAACCCAGACGAACGACCUUCCUUCCUCAAGUGUUUGAUCGAGCUGGAGCCCAUGGUGAGGAAGUUUGAUGAAAUCCACUUCCUGGAGGCUGUGCUGGAGAUCAAGAGGUCAAAGCUGAUGCGGAGGUCGGGCUGUUGUUCUGCUCAGCCAGUGUGUGAGGAGAAGAGUGAACAUGAGUGUCUGAACAUUCUGAAGGACAGACCCAGCCUGUGGCCCAUGGGGUGCUCGAUGUCGGCGUCCAGCUCAGGAUCCUGCUCCUCCCAGGACACGGACAUCUCUCUACCAGGAGUUCUCACAAUCAGCAAUGCUCCCCCCUCUAAGCAGAACCUUCCCUCGUCAUUCAUCGCUCCUAGCCUGGAGAGUCCGGAGUCGCUGAAGGACCCCUGUCAGGGCAACGGUGUGAACGGCUUCCAGAGCGCCAAGCCACUGAAUGAUCUAAACAUACCGGUCAAACCCGUGCCGCCUGUCUCGGAGUUAGAUGCUCAGAUGGAUAACCUCACGCUCUUAGCGGAUCAGUCCCCGCCCCUGAUACACCACCCCCCAUCACAAGGCCCCGUCGCCCGCUGGAUCUCCACCCGGCGUGAGGAGAUUGUCUCCCAGAUGACGGACGCGUGUCUGAACCAGAGUUUGGAUGCGCUGCUCGCCCGCUCUAUGCUGAUGCGAGAGGACUACGAGCUGGUGGUGAACCAGCCCACGCGCACUGCCAGGGUUCGCCAGCUACUGGACCACUGUCACAAACACGACGAGGACUUCUGCCGGAUUGUUGUUCGCAAGCUGCUGGACAACAAGCAGGGGGGCCUGCACCCGUACCCGCCUGAGAUCGGCUCCCCAACUGCAGCUGCCGUCCCCAGUGUGCCGUCUCUGUCCAUGUCCUGCAACAUCCCCAUGAACAUGUAGCAGCAGCAGAUGGCACCACAUCUGACACCCCCACCCCGGACCAGAGGUUGUGCUCUGACUGAGUCAGCGGUUUGAUUUCAUGUGAUUUAUUUAUGUUGCUUUUAGUCAGAAUGCUCUGUACAAGCGUGCGUUUGUGUGAAAUGUAGGUGGACUAAGGCGAGCUCCCAGCAUUCCUAACGCCGAGCCUUUGACUCGUAUUUGGAUGCUUCCAGAGUCACGUUUCCUGCAGGAACUGAGUAAAGUAGAGCUGAAACACCUGUACGAAGCAACCUAACAUGACCAUUUGUGAUGAAGUCA